CCCCUCCCAACUGCAUUCAUCACCGGUGUUUCAGCGAUGGCGUCUGCUGCUCGGAGAACUGAGCUGGAAUGUCCCGUCUGUCUGAAGAUCUAUACUGAUCCUGUAAACCUGAGAUGUGGACACAACUUCUGCCGGGUCUGUAUUGAUCUUGUGCUGAAUACACAGGAGGGCACUGGAGGAUAUUCCUGUCCUAAAUGCAGAGAGAUAUUUAGGAAGCGUCCUCCACUGCACAGGAACAAGAAACUACGUAACACAGUGGAGAAUUUCCUGUCUGCUCGGCCAGCUCAGGAGGACUCCGGGGUCUCCUGUACUUACUGUGUGGGCCCUACUGUACCUGCUGUUAGAUCCUGUCUACACUGUGAGGUUUCUCUGUGUGAUAAACACCUGAGAGUCCACAAAAAGUCCCCAAAACACAUCUUAUGUGACCCCACCUUGUCCAUGGAGAGCAGGAAAUGCUCCGUCCAUAAGAAGAUCCUGGAGUAUUACUGCACCGAGGAUGAUUCCUGUAUCUGUGUGUCCUGCAGUUUGACUGAAGAACAUCGAGGACACCAGGUGGAAAAGUUGGCUAAGGCUUCUGAGAAGAAGAAGGAGACACUGAGGAAUGUUCUGCAGAAACUUCAGACAAAGAAAGUGGAGACGGAGGAAAGAGUAAAGAGUCUGCAGGAAUACAGGACCAAAGUAGAAGAAAAAGUAGCUGCUGACACCGAUAGUGUCACUGCCCUGUUUAGAGAUCUCCGGAAACGUCUGGAUAACCUGGAGAGGGGAAUGCUGAGGAGGAUAUCCAGGCAGGCAGAGUAUGCCUCUCUCUGCAUCUGGGAUCUGGAAAUAAAAAAGGGCGAUUUGUACCGGACGAUAGGUCACAUUGAGGAGCUGUGUAACAUGACGGACCCACUGACUGUCUUACAGGAAUCAGACACAGGUGAAUUGUAUGAUACGAAGGAUAGAGAUAAUCAGGACCGAGAGAGACACGAGAGAUUCCUCCACGAUGGAGGUUGUCUGGAUGUGGCGGGGGUCUUACACUCAAGUUUAACGGAUAUAAUAAGAGACAUAAAUGUAUACUUCUAUAUAAAGGAACCUACAGCCAUAUCACUGGAUGUAAACACAACUGACAAUUGCCUAGAGUUAUCGGACGACAGGAAAACCAUAUCCAUAACAAAUAUAGACCAGGAACGUCCAGAAACGCCAGAGAGAUUUAAGCGUUGUCCUCAGGCGUUGAGCAGUCAGAGUUUCUCCACGGGGAGACAUUACUGGGAAGUGGAUUUUGGGGGAACAGAUGGAUGGGUAGUCGGGAUGUGUUACCCCAGUAUAGACAAGAAAGGAGAGCUAGCAAAGAUUGGACAUAAUAACAAGUCCUGGGCUUUGUACAGGAAUGGUAAUCAGUAUAUGGCGAUGUAUGACAAUAAAGGGGUCCUUUUACCUGCCAAUAUCCCCAAUUACAGAGUCAGGAUAUAUCUGGAUUAUGAGGCCGGGCAGAUUUCCUUCUAUGAUCUGUGUGACCCGAUCACACACCUCCACACCUUCAUCACCACCUUCACCGAGCCCCUCCAUGUUGGGUUAGGUACAUGGGAAGAUUCUCUGAAGAUCUGUGGAGGCAAUCCGAAGAUGUGAGGACUCCGCCCAGAGACUGGUGACAUCAUAGAGAAACGGGGAAAGAUCAAUUAUUGGGGACACUUAAAAGCGGUA